AUGUGGAAAGAAAAGGCAUGUUUCAGGUUUGAGAUAGACAACUUCUCGGGGAAGGAAGCUGCUGUGAUGUCAAACGUAUUCGUGAGUGGCGGAUACGAAUGGUAUAUCUCCCUUCUUCCCAAGGGAGAAGAUGGUCUUUACGUUGAUUACUCGUCUUUGUACCUGUACGCUACUAACUCUAAACCAGUGGGAAGUGGAUGGAAAAGGAUUGCUAGUUUUUACUUCGUUCUCUUGAAUCAAUCCCACAAAGCGCUCUACAGAUCAGCUGGUCAUUAUUUUACCUAUAUCCUCCCAUGCGCAGAUUCUCUGAGCUGGGGUUUCGCAGAGACCUUGCCUCUUCGCAAGUUUCAGAAACAAGGGUUGCUUGAGAAUGACAAACUCAUUGCUGAAGUCUACAUUCACAUGGUAGAUUCUUUUGAUGGAGAAUUAAGACAUGUAUCAGAGAAGAAGGAGACCGUGGAUAUCAACGGGUUUCAACUUCUUGCUUCUCAGGCUACUUUAGCAAGGAAGAUAUUCGCGGAGCACCCAGACCUCGCAUAUGAUUUCACACCAAGGAACCAAGUUGUCAGGACAGAAUACAUGAAUGUCCUUCUCAGCCUCGUUGAGACACUUGAUAAUCCUUCACUUAAUCAUUCAGAGACUGAGCUAAGCAAUGUUCGCAUCGAGUUGAGUGAGCUGGCCGAAGCAGGCUUCAAGCUCGACUGGUUGUACUCAAAGCUUGAUGAGGUUUCCUUGAAAAGGGAGAAAGCAGGUGCUGAUUCCCAAGUCCAAGGACUCGAUGAACCUUGUAAGGAUGAUCAUGUGAUGAAGCUGUUAACAUUGCUGAAUAAUUUGAAGGCAAAGCUUGAGAAAUCAGAUUAUGCUGAUGGUUCUCGGUUCAAAGAAAUGGAGGGACGAAUCAGUGAUCUUGAGAUGGUGGUGUCAGAUCUCAAACUUAAGCUGGAGGAGGCCUCAUCUUUUUCUGAUGAUGAUGACACAACUUCUUCUUAUGAUGAUGAUUUUGUAGAGAUAUUAUACUAAAAGUGUGAAGAGAUUUGUCUUUUUAGAAAGACCUUAUGUUGAUUUAUUCUUUGUCUUUAUGUCCACCACAUUUGGAUGCUUAAUUUCGUUGUAUCGUAGUUUGAG